AUGCUAGUUGUUGGUGUGGUGGGGUUUAUAGGAAAUGUCUUAGUCGUCUCCUUUGUGUCCUGGAAAGAAAAAACACUAAGCCGCAUCGAAAGAAGCCGCUUUGUAAAAACGUUUAAUUUGUUUGUGAGAAGCUUAGCUAUUUCUGACAUCCUCUCCACUUCAGUGUCACUGCCACUAACCUGCAUUCAGAUUUGCUUCGAUGUUUUUCAGACUGACUGGACAUGUAAGGCAGUUCGCUUUGUCAACAUUGUAUUCCCCAUUAUUACUAUUCACAACCUAAUAGUGAUAAGCAUCGAGAAAUAUGUUUCAUUGAGGCGAGUGCCUCGGCCCUUAAGUUCAUCAACUGUUCGCAGAUCAAUUUUCCUGGCCUGGUUUCUUGGGUGUAUAAGUACUCUCAGUGCCGCUGCAACUUUUAGGGGAAUAAGGUAUGAUCUGAAUGAAACGCACUUCACAGUCAUUUGUAAGUAUGAUAAAGAAUAUUUUCCAUUUCGACUCAUUUUUCUUUCAUUCACUGCAAUCGAGUAUAUUUUUCCCUGCAUAUUUCUCAUGAUCAUAAAUAUCUCGUUAAUUAAAACUGUUUGGGUGACAGUCAAAACCAGGGUUUCCAUUGACUUAAAUUACCCAAUGAGGAGUAAAUUGCGAGCUGCAAAAAUCCGGGGAACCCUUCUUCUUAUUGUAAUUACGUUUGCUUUCAUUAUUCCCUAUUUUUUUUCUACUUUGGCUACGUGA